GCCGUGCCCCACUCCAAAAUGUCUGCCUAGGGAGCGCUAACGCGGGGUUUUUCAUGAACGAAUCACGUGGAGAAGGGGGUUUGGCGCAGGCGUGUUGAGGGCGGCGCUGUCAGCCCGGCCGGCUGCGCAGUGCUGCUGCUUCUCGCCUCUGCUGGGGCUCCGCAGGCGGCAAGGAGGGUCCCCUUCCGUCCCCUCCCCUCCGAAGAUGGCGACCCAGCUGCUCCCCUGCGUCGUGGACGGCGGCACCGGGUACACGAAGCUGGGCUAUGCAGGGAAUACGGAACCGCAGUUCAUUAUCCCGUCAUGCAUCGCAAUAAGAGAAUCGGCCAAAGUGGGUGAUCAGGCACAGAGGAGGGUGAUGCAGGGAGUCGAUGACCUAGACUUUUUCAUUGGAGAUGAAGCCAUAGAUAAACCUACCUAUGCUACGAAGUGGCCUAUCCGACAUGGUAUGGUAGAAGACUGGGAUCUCAUGGAGAAGUUCAUGGAGCAGGUUAUUUUUAAAUAUCUUCGAGCCGAACCAGAAGAUCACUACUUCUUAAUGACUGAGCCACCGUUGAACACGCCUGAAAACCGAGAAUACCUUGCAGAAAUCAUGUUUGAAUCUUUCAAUAUACCUGGGCUUUACAUUGCUGUUCAGGCGGUGUUGGCCCUAGCUGCGUCUUGGACUUCGCGGCAGGUUGGAGAACGUACCUUAACUGGGGCCGUUAUUGACAGCGGGGAUGGUGUGACUCAUGUAAUCCCAGUGGCUGAAGGCUAUGUAAUUGGCAGUUGUAUCAAACACAUCCCUGUCGCAGGUCGAGAUAUUACGUAUUUCAUUCAGCAGCUUCUAAGGGAGAGAGAGGUGGGCAUUCCACCUGAACAGUCACUGGAAACUGCUAAGGCCAUAAAGGAGAAAUACUGUUACAUUUGCCCUGACAUAGUCAAAGAAUUUGCUAAGUACGAUCUGGAUCCGCACAAGUGGAUCAAGCAAUACACAGGCAUCAAUGCAAUCAACAAAAAUAAAUUUGUUAUAGAUGUUGGUUAUGAAAGGUUCCUUGGUCCAGAAAUCUUCUUUCAUCCGGAGUUUGCCAACCCAGACUUUAUGGAGUCGAUUUCUGAUAUUGUCGAUGAAGUUAUACAGAACUGUCCUAUUGACGUCCGACGCCCCUUGUAUAAG